UGGUGGUGGUGGUGAGCAGUUGACACAGCAUAUCAUAUCAGCGUCUUCGAAAACCUCAUGUCUAACGUGAGACUUAAUUGAGAAGUUAUUUUCUUUCAAGUGUUUCACCAUGGCAAGUUGUAUUCCACUAGAAAAAGAAGAGGCCCAGGUUGUGGGUCAGUGUGGGCAAGCCUUAUCCACAGCCGUGCACAUCAAAUUUAGGUGCACGGUUAUAUUACAUGGAAUGAAUGCAACCUCCUCCAACGCUGCUAAAAAAUCAAAAGUCACCCCAGAACAGAGGUACUCCAUUCGUCUCCCAAAGGGCCUCAAGCUAUCCGUGUGGAAAGAUGACCUCACAACUCAUGAAGUCGAUGCUGUGGUGAAUGCUGCCAAUGAAGAUCUGAGACAUAUUGGAGGUCUUGCUUUCGCUCUUGCCAAUGCUGGUGGUCCAGUUAUUCAGCAAGAGAGUGACAAGAUCAGAAAAAGUAGAGGGAAGGUAUUCACAGGAAAGGCAGUGGUCACAUCAGCUGGAAAACUGCCAUCCAAGAAGAUAAUACAUGCUGUAGGUCCAGAAGUAAAGGUGAAUGCUAGUCCAAAGGAAAUUCAGCACGCUUCCAAAUACUUGUCAGAAGCCAUUGACAAUAUCCUUAAAAUAGUGGAGAAAGAGAAUCUUCAGUCAGUUGCUAUUCCAGCUCUUAGUUCUGGAAUUUUUAAUUUUCCUUUGGAUCACUGUGCCAAUAUCAUUGUGAACACAGUGAAAAAAUAUCAUGAUGGCAAUGGAAAAAAUAAGGUAUUGGAUGUCCGUCUGGUAAACCACGAUGAACGUACUGUGUCUGAGAUGGUGAGGGCCUGCAAAGAGAUCCUUGAACCUCCUAAAACCUCCUACUCUGGGGCAGGAAGGAGUUCUGAUAUAUCUCCUGUGGAACUGGGCAAAGUGACACUGCACAUCAGUAAAGGACGCAUUGAAAAGCAAAAGACACAAAUUAUUGUGAACUCCACCUCUACUGAUCUGAAGUUGUGCAGUGGGGCAGUGACCAACGCCAUUUUAACUGAAGCUGGCCAAAAGCUUCAGGAGGAGAUUUCAAAGUAUCGUUGGACGUGCAAGUCGGGUGAUGUACUGAAAACUGAAGGAUACAACCUGGGUUCACUUUUUGUGUAUCAUGUACUUUGUGUACAAAAAGGGGCACCAGGAUCCAGGACAGCAGAACAGAUUCUUAGUGGUGUUAUCUCAGCCUGCUUGCGCAUGGCAGAGGCAGACGGUUGUACGUCCAUUGCCUUUCCUGCAAUUGGAUGUGGUGUGCUGAACUUCAGGAAAAGUGAGGUGGCGGAUAUCAUGACAGAAGCAGUGAAACAAUUUUCUAGGUCAUACAUGGGAUCCCGGAUGGAUGUACACUUUGUGAUAUUCCCUUUAGAAGAGGACACAUUCCAGGCUUUUGCAAAAAAGCAUGCAUCGCUGCAGCAGUCAAAGCCUUCUGCCAGCACUUCACAUGUGGGCAACUAUGAAUAUUUAAUGUAUGAGGAAACAGACAGCAUUCACACUCCAUCAAUUGAGAUCCGGGCCGAUUUUCCUGAGGCCCUGCGUGCCGCCAAGAGAUGGAUAAAUGAUGUGGUGAACAUACUCAGAGACAAAGAAGCUGUCUACAGCAUAAAAAAUAACUUUGUCCUACAUUUUGGUCAGCGUGAGCAUAAGGAGCUGCUGUCCAUUCAAGACAAUUUCCAGGUUGGGUUCCAGGUGUUCUUCACUGAUGGCCAGGCUGGCAUCAACAUCAUGGGAACCCCUUCAGGAGUCAGCGCUGCAGUGCUGGAGGUGGAGGCCAUGUGCUGUAAGGUACAGGAGGCUCAUGUGCUGGCUGAGGAAGCGGCCAUGCUGUAUCCCCUUGUGCGCUGGAGAUGCAAGGAUUGCCCUCAGCUGGAAAACCCAGAGAUCAAUGCUGCCCUGGAAAAGGCCUAUCUUGCAGGCACUGGGGAGUGUAAAAUUGAUGACAUCAGUGUCGACUUUGGGUCUAUGGUGGUGAAAACAAAACAUGCACCCGUGAAAUGCAAAAUUGAAAGAAUUUGCUUUUUCAAGAAUUAUCAAGUUACACCACGGUCAGGUAUAAAGUCAUACUUUGAUCGAAAAGUGAAGGACUUUGCUGGGCCGCACAGAGAGUUUCAGGAUGCUGGACUUCAUGCUCUCCGCAUGGAAACAGUGGAGAACUACGCCCUGAUGCAGCACUUUGAGUUGAGCAGAAAACGCAUCUCAGACAAACCCAGACCCCUGUACCAGUGUGUGUCGGCACAGUUUUGCCAGUUGGUCAGCUGGGUGGGCUUUCAGAGAGAGUAUGCCCCACCUGACGAGCAAGCAUUUGGGGAGGGCAUCUACUUCACUGCCAGUGUUAAAUCUGCCAUGAAGUUAUGGAAAGGGACGAAGGAGGAGGAGUAUGUCUACAUCAUCAAAGCAGAUGUUCUCACUGGCAGUAACACCUCUGGGUCACCAGAUUUUAUAGUUCCACCAUCACUCAGCAGUGAUCCCCUGAUCCGCUAUGACAGUGUGUCAGGAGGCAUAGAUACCUUUGUGAUCUUUAAUGGUCACCAGGCUCUGCCACUGUACAUUUACACUUGCAAAAAAACAAGCAGUGCACAUAAGUAACAUAAGUCCAAAACAAAUGCUAAAUCGACAAAAUCGAUACAAACUGCUUAACGACAGUGGAUAGUUUCCUGAUAUAAUUUUCACCAUAUGAUGAAUGCUCUGUAAAAAUUUAAAAAUCUUGAAUUAUAUUUACAAUUUAUCUUUCUUCCUUUAUCUAUCUAUAAUUGAAAUAUUUACAGUUCAGAGUGUGUGUACACUUGAAAGGAUUGCUUUUCUUGUCAUAACACUAAGAUAUUUUCUAGGACUUACGCAAUCAUUUCCCAUAGUCUGAUGUUCGUUUACUAGUGUAGGAUUAAUGAGCACUGCACAUUUUGCUGAGCAAUAGAAUGCCAGUCUACUGAAAAUAGUGAAUUUACUCUAAGAGAAGUGUAAAGAGUUGUUAAUUUGGAAAGGUUUAUGGAAGCAUUAGUGACAAUGGUGAUGAUUUCUGUUGAUAUGUAAGCCUGAUCAAAUCCUGUAAUAAAGAUCAUCAUUAGUUUUGGUUUGACUGAU